GAUUUUCCAAGCAAACUCUCUGCCGAGUCUCGCCAUGGAGGGGCCCCCCAUGCCUGGGCAGCUGGUCCCCAACGCCUCCAUGCCACCGUUGAAGCGCCGGGAGGCCCCGCCGGCGAAGAGCGGGGCGGCGCUGCAGCUACGGUCGGAGCUGAGCACGUUGCGAAGGGCGGAGGGGAGAUUGGAUGCCCUGAUUCAGGCGGAGACUUCACCUCGCCAUGCGAGUGAUUUCCGGCAGCCCGAGACUCCUGCGAAGCAGGACCGUUUCUGGGAAGUGAACGUGGCAAAAAGACCGGAGAUCAGUCAGAUCAGUCAGAUCAGUCAGCAUCUUCCAGUUCAAAUUCCUCAAGUGCCUGCAGUUUCACGACCACAACGACCACAUCGACCACACCGACCAGAUCCCAUGGGCCAAAGUGGCUUCGUGUUCGACUUGGAUUUGAAGCGAUUUUUCGUCGCCUGGGCUGCGGUGUGCAAAGACAUGAGAGCCUACUGGCGACAACGACGAAAUGAGAAUUCUCGAAGAUGGCUAGACAGCAGGUCCAAGGCGUUGGCUCUAUGGAGUUUCUUCGGGUCCUUGAAGCAACAGCUGGACCAAGAGAUGCCAUCGAAGCCCGAAAAGGGCAUUCGCGUCAGGGAGAAGAAGAGUCAACGUCCAGGCACUUUCUUCUCCUCCAGCGAAAAGGGUAUCUGCAAGAUUUUGUUCGAUGGACAAGAGGAGGUCUGUUUCCGGAGCUGUGACGAGUUGCUGGAAAUCAAGUCCCUGCCGCAUCCUUUCCUGGCGAACUUGGCCUUUCUGGCCUGGACCUUGUCGCAUGCUUUGGAUGAAGAUCUGAAGAUCGAUGGCUUGAGAACGGCGCUGAUGUUCAAUCAGAUCAUGGGGAAAUCCUCUGGGAAGCUGACCAUGAUGGCUGUAAUGCAAGAGGAGGAGGCCAAAGGCCUGAAGUUCUGCUUCAACGCCUGGAAGAAAUGCAUGAAGAGCAAAUCUCUGAAGAAGUUCAAGCUGAAGAAACAGCGUGAGAUCUUCCGCGGCUGGUUGGAAAUUCUGCUGAUGGACAAGCACGACACGGCCGUGGAGCUCUUGGCUUCCACGGAGCAGCAGCGCUCCGUCGCGGCGGAACAGCUGCAGCGGAGGAUCGCGCAGUGCGAACGGGUCAAGGUCAAGGUGGAAAAGGUCCAUUUGAUGCGCUUGGAUUUCUUCCUUCUCCUGGUCUUUCAGUCCUGGCACCUCGCGUCCCUCUACGUGCGCGCGGCCGCGGAAGGGCAGCGCGAGGCGCGACAGGCCCUGGCCUUGUCGUCGCUAAAGCUGUCGGAGGCCAUGACGAAGAAAACCACGAGCUUCGUGGCACCACAUUUUCAGGCCUGGGCCAACCGCGUGAAACUGGCCCGAAAGGUGCAGCGAGCCGCUGAGGGCACGAUCGCAGCCAUGCUGGGCGGCUCGCUGUCGUUGGUCUUCAAUGCAUGGAAAAUGAUGAAGAUGAGUGACUUCCAGAUGGUUCAGGCGCAACUCCAGCGCCGGGAACGCGAAUUCAGCGAGUUGCAGGAAAUUUCACAGUCCUUCUUCAGCUUCUCUCAGGAGAACGUGGAACGCGUCAAAAACAUGGAAGCUGCCCUUCAAGCUGCAGAUCGUGCGCUUCAGAUCGGCGCAGCGCGGGGUGACUCGCUGGAGGUGGAACUGCAGAGGUUGCGAGAGGCUCAGAAACAGCAAGUGGAAGAGGCGGGAACACGUGGUGAACGGCUGAAAGAAGAGCUGGAAAGAAAAGGAACCGAAGAACUACAGGCACUGGCCGAAAGCACGGAGAAGGUCACCGCGGAGUUGAGUGCCAGUCGAGAGAUGGAGGCGCGUUUGCAAAGGCUCUGGCAGGGCAUGUCGGGAGGUGAUCUGGAGGAUCCUCCGCAGGAGUCUGACUCCGUGCUGGCGCUGCGGCAGCAACUGCUGGAGGCGCAGCGGGAGGCAGAGCUGUUGCGGAGCGUUUCGCGGACGCAGGCCGAAGACUUGCGCUUGGCCGAAGCCUUCGAGGCCUCCGAGGCCUCGGCAGCGCGGAAGGCCUCCGAGGCGCUGCGGCAGGCGGAGGAGGCGGCGCUGGAAGCGGAAGAGCUUGCGCACUUGGAAGAAGUGGCGGCGGAGGCGGUGCAAGAACGCUGGACCAUCAUGAUGGACCGCCAGAGUGGUCGGGCUUCUCCGCCUGCUGUCCCGCCUCGCGCCACCGUCACCGUGGACUUUUCGCCGCUCUCCCGCAGCGCCGGGGUGGGCGCCGGCGCCGGCGCCGCGUCGACGUCGCGCGAGGACGACGUGGUGCCGCUGGGCCCGGGGAUCUCGACGCAGACCUCGAUGCCGCCGGUGGAUCUGCCAUAUCUGCCGGGGCGGAGACUGAUGGAGGUGCAACAGAAAUACAACGAUGCUUGGAGACCAAGAGGAAGAAAUCUCAUUGACACCACCAAUGAAGAUCUGAUGACUUUCGAUCUGGCCUGUAACAUUUUAAGUACUGGAGCCUAUUUCAAGAAGAAGGCCGGCAGGAGAUCCAGCGUGAAGCGCUACUUCUUCGUGGGCUACGGCGGCAACUCCACAGCUUUCUUGAAAUAUUUCAAGGAUCAUGCAGCUGCUCAGGCUGGUCAGGAAGCGAAGGGAGCCUUCGAUCUGAUGGAUUUGGUCAGGGCCAACUGGGAUGGUGUGCAAAACAGCAUCACCUUGACACAAUCCACCAAAAAGGAUUCCUCGGAGCGCGGCUUGAUGGAAGUCCCCGAGACCUUCUUCCACGCCCUGCUACGAGCGGUGCACGAGGCGGAGUUCCUACGGCAAUACCCAGAGCACCGAGGAUGAGCCGCAGCUGAUGGAGGCAAGGCAGGCAAGGCAGGCAAGGCAGGCAGAUGGAGCUGAUCUUCAUGCUGAACACUGACAUCUGACUGACCAACAUCUGAUAUCUGACUACUGGAAUCUACUGGAUGUGGAUCAACUGAUUAGAUCAUCGCGGGAGAUGUGUUUCAAAAUUUACAUUUGGAGCUGCGGAAGAUAGGAGAUGUGGUGAAGGAUAGCUGGUGGCACUGAGGGCUAGCAGUGGGAAGCGUGUGGAAGUUACCUUAAGCGAACUGGUCCUGGCUUUGCGGAUGAGAUGUCACAGUGAACACACCAGCGAACUGCACGGCCGACCAGCGACAAGGGAUGAUCCCCAACCACCCCUCGGGGCUUCGGUUGCAAGGAGCCUUGGGGUUGCAACCAGCAGUUAGACCUUGCCAUGAACGGCUCAUCUUCUAAAGGAAAUGGGUGAAGCCUGGCACGGCACUGUGCAUCUGCAUGGUGACAAAAAAGAA